AUGAAAUUUUUGCGCGAAAUACUAAGCGUCAGAGCACAAACUUGGGCGCUUUCUUUGACCUAAACGUAUAGUACGUCCCUAGCGUUAGUCAGCGGGCUCAUUUUAUUAUUUGCUUUUUAAGAAACGUACUAUUUAGAUAUUUUUGAUGGCGUACGGGAGGGAACGAGUGGUGGCGUUAGUGGACAUGGACUGCUUUUACGUGCAGGUGGAGCAGAGGCUAAACCCCGCUCUGGAAAACACUCCCUGUGUGGUGGCACAGUACAAGACGUGGAAAGGAGGCGGUAUCAUAGCUGUGAGCUAUGAGGCCAGGGCCCACGGUGUCACCAGGAACAUGAUGGUGGACGAUGCAAAGAAGCUGUGCUCAGAUCUCCAGGUGGCCCGAGUGCGCGAGUCUCAUGGCAAGGCAGACCUGACAGUUUACAGAGAAGCAAGCGUGGAGGUGAUUGAAGUGAUGUCUCGUUACGCUGUGAUUGAGAGGGCCAGCAUUGAUGAGGCCUACAUGGAUCUGACAGCUACAGUCCAGCAGCGGCUGAAAAACAUGGCUGGCAAACCGAUAGAUUCCAGUUUGCUCAAAACCACCUACAUUCAGGGUUAUCCACACAGCAGAGUGGAACCAUCCUCCCCAGAUGAUUCCAGUUCAUGUGAAGAUUCAGUCUUGGAUAAAGAGGAAAAGAGGUUCAGAGGUCUUCAGCAGUGGUUGUCAUCAUUUCCUGCCUCUUUAGAGGAGCAGAGUUCAGCAGAGCUGCAGCUCACCGUGGGAGCGCUCAUUGUUGAAGAAAUGAGAGCGGCUGUGGAGAAACACACAGGUUUCCGCUGCUCAGCAGGGAUAUCGCACAAUAAAGUGUUGGCAAAACUGGCCUGUGGUCUGAACAAACCUAACAGACAAACCAUUCUACCUUUGGACUCUGUGGCUGAGCUUUUCAACUCUCUGCCCAUAAGCAAAAUUCGUAACCUUGGAGGUAAGCUGGGGGUGUCAAUCACACAAGCUCUGGGAGUAGAGAACAUGGGAGACCUCACUCGAUUCUCUCAGGCUGAACUGGGACAUCACUUUGGAGAAAAAACAGGGUGA